AUGGCCAGGGCCCAGAAACGCCGUGUGGCCGACUCGGACGCGGAGGAGGAAUCGUCUGGCUGUGCGACCGACUACGAGGACAGGCGCGCGCACAAGACACAGAAGAAGAGUGCAGGCAAGAAGAAGGACUCGCGCAAGGCGGGGAAGGGAAAGGGCAAGGGGAAGAGGCGGGCGAGGGACGACUCCGACGACGAGGAGGAGGAGGAGGCAACUGACCGCAGCGACGACGAGGGUGCGGGCAAGGGCAAGAAGGGAGAGCUCACAGAAGACGAGAAGAAGCACUACAUCCAGGCCAUGGUCCGCUACAUCCUCUUCAACGAGUCGCACAGGCGCAUCCUCAAGCGCGAAGACAUCGUCAAGAACGUCCUCGUUGACGGCCGCGGCCGACACUUCAACAACCUCCUCCCCAAGGUCCAGAAGAUCCUCAAGGACGUCCUCGGGCUCGAGCUCGUCUUGCUGCGUCAGAAGGAGACCGCCACCGGCAAGAACCAAGCGAAAUCCUGGCUCCUCCGCUCUGCCCUCCCCCAGCCCCUCGUUCACCAGUCCGUCUCCCAUCUCUACCGCACCCUCGCCUCCGAGCCCUCAGCCGACCUGACCGCCGACUCAGGCGGCAAGCGUUCCCUGCGCGCUGAACUCGCAGCGUGGGAAGCGGAUGGCGAUGAAGACGACGAUGAGGAGGACCAGGACGGGGCGGUCAUGAGGGACGUUAAGCGGGAGGAGGGGGAGAUGUAUGGCCUGCUCGGGAUCGUGCUCGCGUUGAUUUUGGUGAACGGGAAGGUGCUCGGAGACGACCAGCUCAUCUCGUACCUCCGUCGCCUCGCCCUCACGCCGUCCUCCGUCCUUCCCUCCUCGCUCGCCUCCGCCCACCCAACCUCGCACACCCUCUCUACCUUCCUCAACAACCUCGUCAAGCAGCAAUACCUCGAGCGCUCGAAGACGGGCCAAACCGGCGCGACUCAAGGCUCGACGCAAGCCAAAUCCGGUCGGGCGACAACUCAGCGCACGCAGCGCACGAAUGCAGAGGGAGGCAAGACCGAGUCUGGUGAUCCGAGUAUCGAGUGGCGGUGGGGACCUCGCGCCGAGGCGGAGAUUGGAGAGUUGGGGAUUGGCAAGUUUGUCGAGGCGAUCUUUAUGUCGCAGUCCGAAGUCGCUGGGAAGAACGGCGGGCGCGCGAAGGGGAAGGGCAAGACGGGGGAGAAGUUUCUGGCGGAGGUGGCGAGGAGCGCGGGGGUCAAGGCGCUGGCUGGGACGGAGGUGAGGGCGAGGAACGACGACGAGUGA